CGGUAUGGCGGGGGCCCCGCUGCGACCGGGACGCUGCUGCUUCUGACCGCCUGGGCGCCCAGACCGCGGCCGCCGCACCACCCCCGACUACGAGCGCCAAGCCGCCGUACAGAAAGGGGCACACCCUUCGUCGGCCGGCGGGUGCCAGCCGCCCCUUGAACAUCCCGCGCGACUGUAUUGCUCCUCACGUGGACACGAGACCCCCAUCCCGUGCUACUCGUCUCGCGAACCUCGUGCACAGCCACCGCUGCAGCUCACGCGGCGCCGCGCUUCACAGACCGACGCUGUUCAGCAGGCCUUGACCCUGUGCUUGGAACAUUGCCUUCGAGCCUUCAACCUGGUGCUCCGACCAAGCUUCUCAGGACGACAGGUGCCCCGGUGCGUCGCGACACCUGCUAGAGUGUCGUCGACGAACUUGUGCAAAACGUCGUGUUGCGACCGCGUGCACUUUACGGGUGCUCUCACGGACGAGCGUCGCUUGCCGUAGCCGCGCUGGCGAACUUGGUGUGAGACCCCGAUCGCCGCUGGCCGCAGACUUGAGUGACCGCCAGCCGGCUUGAGGUUAGCCUGGUGCCUUGCUGCCGGGGGCGCGUAGUUGUCGAGUGUGGUGACGGUACCGCGGUCCAGCUGACUAUGUCCCGACGGAAGCAAGCUUGUCCCAGUAGGCACAUCGCGUCACCAGCGUCAAGCUCCCUCUGCGUCGGGAAUAGCCACAACGGUUCGGGCCGAGGCGGGAGCAGCACUGGCGGCGAGGAAGAAAGCAGCGACGACGAGCACGUGUGCGGCCGCUGCCGCGCCGAGUUCCCCACUCUAGACCAUUUCCUGGCCCACAAGCGGUGCUGCCCAAGCGUCGAGACGAUGGGGAUGCCGGGCAGCACGCCGAGUCGGCUAUCGUGCAGCGAUGACGAUGCGGCUGGCCGCCAGUCAGCGUCGGACGUGGCCGAGGUGGACGAAGAACCCUUGGCGGCGGCUGCAGCUGCACGACUGCCCUCGACGCAUGUGGCGCUGGAGGCUCUGCAGAGCACCAAGGUGGCCGUGGCGCAGUUCGCCUAUGGCAGCACCGGAGGCCCCGCUGAGAUAGCUGCGCUACACGAGGCGCUGAUGGCACUGCAGCAACAGCAAGUCGUGCAGCUGCACAUCAUCCAGCAGCUUCAGGCAUACGUGGGUGCCACCCCUACGCUUCCCGUGAACCUGACCAGGGCGGCGGACACUACACCGACUCCGCCGCCACCGCCUCCGGUACCCCGGACGGAGCCCAGCCCCGAUGCCCCGGGACAGACACACGCGACCCCGCCGCCGCCGAACACCGCGGUAGACCUGGCCGCCAAAGAGAGCGCGGCACCCGAACCGGCCGAGCCGCCCGCGGAGGCGCCUCUCGGGGAGCCCAACUCCGGCGGUGCCCUGCUGGUUGCGCCGCCCGCGGGACCGCCGCCCCCAGAUGAGCCCAACACGCUCGAGCUUCUGCAGCGACACACUGAGAAGGCGCUGCAGGACACCAUGAGCGGCGGCUCGUUCCUGCUCAAUGGUCUCGGCUCCCCGGACCCGAGUCGCUUGCGCAGGAAGGACGGCCGGCCCGACGAGGCUUACUUGCGCCAUCGGUGUCGCUUCUGCGGCAAGGUGUUCGGCAGCGACAGCGCGCUGCAAAUCCACAUCCGCUCCCAUACCGGGGAAAGACCCUUCAAGUGCAACGUCUGCGGGAACAGGUUUUCAACGAAGGGCAACCUGAAGGUGCACUUUCAAAGACACCGUGCAAAGUACCCACACGUGCGAAUGAACCCGCAUCCUGUUCCGGAGCACUUGGACAAGCAUUUCCCGCCGUUGGAGCCUCCCGGGGAUCGCAGCCCGACAUCGCCGUCCGGCGCCACGUCGUCACCGCCACCGUCGCUAACGCCCGCACUGGCGCUACAGACGGCUCCUUUGGGCGUCUUGGUCAAAGCAGGGCCACCAGUGCCACGACCCGAUGACCUUGUCGGGCCCAGUUGCAGUGGGACGCUGGCGUUACGAGCCACGAGUACCAGAAGCAUAUCUCCUGGAACUGAAACAACCAAUGUGACUACAUCAAUGGGCUCUCCGCCGCUCGAAGAUGAACGCCCUUUGAGCCUUAAAGCCGAGCCAGAGGAUGACGCAGAUGACAAGGCGUCGGACGAAGACCGGGACUCCGGCGGCGUCAGCUGUUCCGCUGAUGACUCCAUGCCGUUCACAUCAGGCGGAUCAUUCAUGAGCGGCUCCUUCUCGGCGCUUCCGACGACCGCGGACACAGCAGUGCCACUCCAUGCGGAUCCCGCGUUCUACCAAGACUUGCUGCCGAAGCCUGGAAGUAACGACAACUCGUGGGAAACUCUCAUGGAGGUGACGAGGCCGUCUGAGACAUCCAAGCUGCAGCAACUGGUCGACAACAUUGAGCACAAGCUGAGUGACCCGAACCAAUGCGUGAUAUGUCAUCGUGUGCUCAGUUGCCGCAGUGCUCUGCAGAUGCACUACAGGACACACACCGGUGAACGGCCGUUCCGUUGCAAGAUAUGCGGUCGUGCGUUCACCACAAAAGGAAAUCUUAAGACACACAUGGGUGUUCAUAGAGUCAAACCACCACUGCGUGUACUUCACAAGUGCCCUGUCUGUCACAAACAGUUCACUAAUUCCCUCGUUCUCCAACAACAUGUCCGUAUGCAUGGCUCUGAAAGUUUACAUCCGACGGCGAGUUUCCAAACAACCUCACAGAGGCCAACGCCACCGCCAAAGACUUCUUCGUCACCUCCCUUGAGCUCUCCAACGUCACCAACGCCUGAGCAAAAGAAAGAAGAGGGGCGGUCACCCUCUCCACAGCCUCUGUUGCGGCCUCUGAGUCCUGAGCGCCCACCAUCUCAACUUACGUCAUUAGCUGCCCUCGAAAAUCAGGUAAAGGGCAUCAAGACAUCGCUGCAAGUGCCAGCAUUACCUUUUGGCCCCUUCGGCAUCGGUCUUUCGUCUGGUUUCGGGCGCUACGAUGAACAGUCACUUCUCUUAAAUCGAACGCCAGAAGCUGGACAGCGGUCUCCGGCGUUUUCUCCGCGAGCUGGAUCUGAACUGUCAACUGGUGACGAUAGAUCAACUCCGGGGGCUCCUUCGCCGUCUGGUGGAACUUCACCGCCCGUGAACGGCGGGCCGCUAGACUUAACGCCGCGGACUUUGCUGGGUCGGCCAGCGGACAAUUUUUCUGGCCGCUUCUUCGCCGCGCCGCCGCUGGGAGGGCUGCCGUUUCCUGGAGCCGCGCCCGGCCGCCCGAACACAACAUGCCAGAUAUGCUUCAAGACGUUUGCCUGCAACAGUGCUCUCGAGAUCCACUAUCGGAGCCACACCAAAGAGCGACCGUUCAAAUGCAGCGUCUGCGAGCGGGGCUUCUCCACCAAGGGAAACCUCAAGCAGCACAUGCUGACGCACAAGAUCCGAGACUUGCCGGCCACCUUGUUCGCUGCCACCCCUACCUCGAGUGCGAGCGCACCGAGUCCGGCACCGAGCCCCGGGCGCUCUAUGAGCCCUGCCGAUCAGCGGCACGGCGCCAGCCCCGAGGAGAAUCGGACCAAGAGGGUGGAGCCGGUGGCCGCUCCGCCGGGCGUGCCGCCGCCGCCGCCGCCGCAGCCUCGACGGCCUCCCGGGCUGCCAAGGCACGUGUGCCACGUGUGCAACAAGCCCUUCUCGAGCUCUAGUUCUCUCCAGAUCCACAUGCGCACACACACUGGUGACCGGCCCUUCAAGUGCUCUGUGUGCGGCCGCGCUUUCACCACUAAGGGCAACCUCAAAGUGCACAUGGGCACGCACAUGUGGAACAACGGCAGUUCGCGCCGCGGCCGCCGCAUGUCCAUUGAGCUGCCGUCGCUGCUGAGUGGUCCCAAGGCCGACUUCGCGCCGCCGCCGCCGCCACCCCACGAGCUCUUCUACCCGUAUCUUGGGCCGGCCUACCUGAAUGGCAUGCUGGGACCGAAGGCGAACGAGAUCUCCGUCAUCCAGGGCGCCAGCACCGAGCCUCGACCGGGAGACGAGGCCGAGCCGCACAACGGCGCCUGGGCCUGGAAGAUGGCCUGCAACUUGUGCGCCAAGAUUUGCGGUUCGUCGCUCGAGCUCGAGGCUCACCUCAAGGCGCACCACCGCAAGGAACUGGAGGUCCAGUCGCCUGACAACGUGGCCGUCUGAGGCCGCCCGCACCCCUAGUCCAUGCCCUUCCCCAUUCCUGUAGCCCAAGCGGCCCUUCCCCGUAACUUAUUGUCUCGCCCUCAUCCACGAGUUGGUUAUGUCUUCUGUGAUAGUGCACCUCCACGACCUCCCGAACUGCCGAAACUGUUUUUCUCCCCUUGUGUAACCUCGUUUUCAUUGGUUCGGCCCUCGCCAGUCGCAGCCCUCGGCGCAGCCCCGGAGUGUACAGUGUUUCUGCAGGGGCCGCCCGAGUGGCGCGGCCGUGCAACCCCCUCCUCCCCUCCCCAACGCCCCUAGGCGCCAGCCCCCGCCAGCCAGCCGUCGGGCACAGCACCAGCUGAGGGCCGGGGGAACCACGCGAGUGAUACCUGGGCUGUGAUAUGUGUGGUGCCCCUGGCCCUUUUUGAGUAACGCGUUCCCCACACCUUUCGACCCCCCUUCCACGCGCGCCAUGCUCUACGACGGCAAAAUACACUGGGCAUUCCAUUGCUACACACACGCGCAAGCGGAUGCAUUCCGUACCUCCUCCCUGUUGUUCUGUCUUCCUCACCAAGCCCUGGGCCGUCCCUGUUCAGGCGUAGCGCUCGACGGACCCCGUGAACUCCUGCCGCCCUUUCCAAAUCCCCAUCUUCGUUUCUCACUGGGCACGGUAAUGCGCACGUGCUUCGGGCGACGACCGCGAACCGUCACAUAAAGGCCGACAAAUCACGUGACAUCGCCAGCCACUGUUUGUACUCUCUUCGAGAUGCUCUCUGCAGCGUUGUUGAAGCCACAGGCGCGAGGGCAUAGAUUACAGUGAGGAACAAAGCGUGCGAUAUCACGUGUACGAUGUGAGCUAGGAAAGCUGUUAAACGUUGCCGAAAUCGCGGAACUCCAACAAUAAAAAAACAGAGACCGACUCGAAAGGGCCUAAGGCAACGCCCCUGUCUCCUUUUAACCGCCAGUUUAGGCUCGUGUCUAUAAAAAACAGACUUUCUUGAGCUACAGCGAACAGAAAAAGACAGUUCUCAUCUUUUCUUGUUCGCCGAACAUCAUUAUUUGGUCCUUUCAAGUGUUGUCAGGAGAAGUCCACCAUCCUGGAGUCUGCUUAACAGUGUUGUGAAUAACGUAGUUCUAUUUGCAGGAUGACUAGCGACACUAUUGUUAGGGAAGCAAAACUGAAAUUGACGGAGAUGGUCCUUUCCUUUUUUGCUUAAUUUAUGCCGAGGUUAUUUCAGUUUUUUGAUGUGUAAUUAUUUCUCCUUUUUUUUCUGUUCAGGAAAGCUGUCGGCACUGAGAUAACUGUUAUGUACUACGCACUACAUUGAGCAUGGAUAAACGAAGGACAGGUCGCAUCAACGAAGGGCUAGGCGAAGCCUGAAUUCUCGCAGAAUCCCCACUUUUCUUUACAAAUUUAUUUUAGCUAGUUAUGUCUGCGACGCCGUGGUUUCAGUUUAAUUAACGCUGCCCUUUUAAUGGGUAGAAUGCUACCCACGACGUGUUAAGUUCACCUAAACGUAAUUACAUUGAUGUAAAAGGCUGAAGUGCUUCACUGUAAACGCUGCUAAAUGACCCACAUCAUAGCACCUGGAACUUAACUGUAAGCACUGGCCGUGGACUUUGUGGAAUUUGCAGAGGGGUAGCAAAUAUAAUGCACGACACAUUUCAGCUAUACACAAUUUACAUUUCCUUCGUCGUCUUUUGUGCCGUAAAUGAAGUCGCUGGUGAAACGCCGUGUGUGGUUGCGAUCGCCUUUGCGCAACGAAAGUAACUUUAGUCUGUUAGACAACACAACGCUAACAGGUGCGUUUCGUCGUAGGUUACGCGAGCACAUGAACCAGUGGUGCGUGUACAUUUCAAGAAACUAUCUUUCGUUUCAGGAAAAGAAACGAACGAUUCAUCACUCCAAUUUUCUGAAAAAAAAAAAACUUAUUGCGCUGCUUAAAUCACGCUGCGUAUUUUCUUUUUCGUUUUAUUAUUCCUUUAAUUUCAAAACUACACUCUUCGCGUAAUAACGCAGGGUGCUGCGAUUGCAGAACGCGUUUUCAUCCUUUUGAACAAAUGAUUACGAUGACGCCUGCCUUCUUUCUAAACUUCAUUUACAUCGUUCGCGAUCACUGUCUUGACUUAAAAAGCUUGUGCGUUAAAGUCGCAUUCGAAACUAAGAAUAAUUAAAACGUGUUUUUUUUUCUUUUUUUUUUCAAAAUAAGCUGCACGGAUAGAAAGCUUGAAAUUGGGACCGUGGUGCUGAUACUCACAAGCAGCCAUUUCUUUUCUUGCUGUCCCGGCAUGUCAUUUACGACGUGCGUUGUUCGCUCUGAACGUGAAGGCGUGGUACAGUACCACGCAUCGCAACACGCUUAGCGAUCGUCACCAGAUUGCAUCUGCGUUGCCGAAAAGGCCAAUAUUCAGGCAGAUAUCUAGUUGUAUCGAGUUUAGUUAAUUAUUCGUGACGUCUUCUGUUUCUAUAUGUUCGAAUUACCCAGCAAUAUUACAUAUACGGCCACCACACGGGAACACGGAUGUACGAAGGCUCGGAAAUAUGUGCACGAAGACGCUGUGCCAUUGCUUGGAUGUUACGCGCAGGUCGUUAGUACAUGAGAUCACAACACACAAGGACCCCCUUCCAGCCAAUGGUGUCGCUGUGUCAGCGUGACGUCGCGGCCGACGUCACGUUUCUUUCGCGCCGCGGUCGCGUAAAUAAAAAUAAUAAUAAUAAUAUUAAAAAAGGAAGCGUGUUCUUCCGCGCUUACGGACUUUUAUCAAAAUGGCCGCCUCCGCUGUUCGCGCCAUCGGCGUCCUUAGUGAGAUCGUUCUCUCUCAAGCUGAGUUUAGUGCCGUUCAGUCAUAUCCCAAGGUGAAUUCCGUGAAAAGCCUCGUUUGCGUGUUGCGAGCAGGGUUUUUAACACACUCGGUAACGACAAUCGCUCUGGCGUUUCGUCUUCUGUGUCACCGCUCGGCGCCGUCGGGAAACAGCCGCCGCUGCAGUUUACUGGAAUUCAACUCACUGCUCCAAUUGACAAAUAAACCCUUUCACCUAAUGUGUAGUAACGGGCAGAUAAAGAAUUUGAGCUAAAAUUUUAUUUCGCUUAAAAUAAAUGCGUUCUUCGGAACUACUUAUGCGCGCGGUUGCACUCAGAGAGACCUGGCUCCAACAGCGCUACACGUAGGUGUAAGGCGGUCGGCCACGACGUCACGUUCACGCAGCGACACCAUUGGCGGGAAGGGGGUCCUUUGACGGGGAAAAGCCGCAUUUCUCUUGACUUGUAUCGGACUAUAGGCAUGGCCGUGUUUGCGAUAACUGACGGAUUCACAUGCGUAAUAUCACGUCACAGUGUACUGUGUUUCUCUACUUUAGAAACGAUACGCAAUUAUCCUGCUGGCGCUUGCUAUUCAGUGCUCAAGAACUCCAUGAUGGCAGAUGCGAAACUGAAAUGUUCAAAGGGAUGCGAGCUACGUAGCACCCUGCGUGUAGUCGGUUCUGAAAUGUUACUUGAAAGUUGCGAAGUGUUAGUUUGCCCCUGCAGUUAGUCUGCAAUGUUGCAUGCGGACGACGCCUUGUGGCUUAUAAGGGCUUCGCUCUCGGUUACAGCGCUUGCCUGGUCGGUAUAAGAAAUGUAUCAUGCCGUUACAGGCAUACAUAAGCCGUAAGGUCGCCGUCCGUGCGGGCGAUUUUAACGCCAGUAGCUGGCGGUUAAGCACGAAAAAAUAUUUUGUUCUCCAAUUUUCGAAAUCAUUCAUGCAAGACUCCGCAUACAAGUCUAGCGUAUAUUGCGUCCUGUGAUACGAAUUGUGCGGCGCGAUUCACUGGCGUAUUCAAAGACUUAUGACCAUGUGUACGGAUAUCGUUCCCUUUCUGAUCCUCAUGUUUUAAGUUAAUCAUGUACUAUAAUUCCUGCCAAGUGGGCUGGCACUUGUUUUUGCUGUUGUGCUUCUCUGGCGUUAACGUUUCGUGAAAGUGCUGGUGUGCCAGAGUUGCUGUAGUUCUUCACAAGUGUCGGAAUGCGUUAAACUUGAAGCGUUUUCUCUGUGUAGCCCGGCGUUCGUUCCACCUUUUUCCUUCUUUAUCUCGCAAGGAGUGAUGCUAAUUGUAUACAUGGUGUAAUACUCAGCACAUCUUUAUUUUUUUUUUCCUCGAAAGCGCGCAGUGUGCGCGCGCAUGCCUUAUUUUUUGUUACCUUUUGUGUUGUUCGUAUGGAAAUUGUGGCGUCACGUACAUACCACAGUGGCGCCGCGGGUGGACUGCGGCAGCGUUCUUUCCUACCCCAGUGGCGUGCAUUCGUUGACUUUGUGGUCCAACAUCUUCGGCCCCCGGAUCUGACCGUCGUUGCGUGCUGUCUUUUUAAUCGAUAGGGGGGGUUCAUUCUGUGUUUUCUUUUCAACGAUUACGUCAGACGGACGUGAUCGUCCUUGGGGCAGUGCUCCGCCAGCCAUCGUGUCAACAGAAACACUCCGGAGAAAGCUAUUUUUGUAACACUUGUAGCGGUUGUCAACGCUGCCUGGCGGAACACUGCUCGCCUGGCAUCUUCCGCGCGCCGGCGGCCGACCGAGGAACAAAAGUGAACGCUCAUGGGGAAGCGCAACGACAGCGAGAGAAUUAUCACCGAUCAAACUGUGUGACUUGGAACAAACACUCGGUCUGUACCCAACAAGUUUCGGCAUGUGUUUACCCUCGCCUUGCCUACUCACGCUGCUGGCCGAUUCCCCUCACGUCGCGCAGUGCCGAUAGCUGGUUUUGAGACACUGUUAUUUCUGUCGUGGUGCCUCGGUUUCGUUUCUGAGCGCUGUCGGCGCGAACACACUCACUGUUGUAUAGUCAAACUGCCAUGUUCACUCCUGCAAGUCGCUGGAAGGGACCAUGAAGGGAAUACAACGAACAGCACUUAAGCUUGUCCUGCUGUGAAGGAUUGCAAGCCCGAUAGAUGCGGAAGAAGUGUCGCUUAACUUAAUUGCGGGCGCUUUCUUCUCACAGGGCCUUAUUGGAGAACUGCAGUGAACAUGCAGUUUACGUUUCUGUGAAGAAAAAAAAAAAAGCAUCUGCGGACAUUCGUUGUGGCAUAAUUAUGUGAGUUUUAGCAAUAGCGAACUGGCAUGUUUUAGAAGAUGUACAAGCUGCUCAAAAUGGGUUUCUCACCAAGGACCUUAAGUGAUAACGCGCAUGAUACUAAGCUCAACUUAUUGUAGUUCUCAAGAAAAAAAGAGAAAGUGAUUAAAAAUGAUUACGCUACGGAUCAGGGCGCUUAUAGAGCUGGUGCUCUCGCAUGAUUCAUUAAACCUGCUUGAUCGUUGUAGAGUGAAUAAAAUAGUUGCCCGUUUGGUGACUUAACAAGUAAGCUUGGAACGAGUUCGUGAUGAAUUUCAUGGUCCCUUAAAUGUGACUAUUGCCGCACAAUUCUGAACAGCUCUCAGCAAUGCAGAGCCUGGCCCAUUAUAUUAUACGCAGUGUCAAGGUUUACAAUAUUUACUUAUUCUGCUUCUGACAUUGGUUUAUAAGUCACAAGCAAGUGCUUUACGAUGACUUCAUCACAAUAGCAGAGAAGUGAGUUCUUUUCGUCAUGCGCUAUGCGCAAGGAGUUGCGCGCCGGGGAUAGAAAUAUGUCAAAUGGAUUGUGUGUGGGAUGAGCAUUGUGCUGUGCAUGCAACGUCUGAGAUGUCAUCACCUUGGAAGGCAAAGUCAUGAGCUGUGCUCAGGCACCUUAUCUUCCCAACUUUUUCGAGCCCUCCUGGCAUCCCACAUGUAUCUGUGAACACCCUCCAGUGGCCUCUCUUUGUACGCUCCAGGAGGCUGCAGAAUAAAACGAGGACAUCGCCAUGGAAAUACAUCGUGCCGAGCGAUAAAUAAAACUCAACUUUAGCCGGAGGUCGAGCGGGAAAA